AAUAAAAAUCACACACAUAAAACACAUACGGUGCAAAAUGGUGCGCAUAACCGAAGAUUUGGUGCGAAAGAAAGCUGAGCAUAAUGAGAAAAUCAUCGGUACACUCGAAGAAUUAUCCUUACAUCAAGAAGACGUUCAUAAAAUUGAAAACGUUCAACAUUGGUGCAAGCAUUUAGAAAUCUUAUAUCUGCAAUCUAAUCUCAUACCAAAAAUCGAAAACUUGCAUAAACUAAAAAAGCUCAAAUAUUUAAACCUGGCGAUUAAUAACAUUGAAGUUAUUGAGAAUUUAGAACGCUGUGAAUCGCUAGAAAAACUAGACUUAACUCUAAACUUUAUCGGCGACUUGGAAAGCGUGCAGAGCUUGAAAAACAAUAUUUUCUUGAGAGAUUUGUACUUGACUGGAAACCCUUGCACGGAUUAUCCUGGCUAUCGCCAAUAUGUCAUCGCUACAUUAACACAAAUAACAUGUCUUGAUAACGUUGAUAUUGUACCCAGCGAACGAAUCAAAGCUCUGCAGAAUUUCCCGAAUGCUGAAAAGCAAAUAAAGCGAGCACAGGAAAAAUAUUACGCGUUCAGAGAAAACCAACGCACAAGACUACAAGAACAACAAGAGAAUGAUAGAAAUCUAGACGACGAUGUGUUUUGGCACUCAAAAUCAGAGCAUGCGCCUGAGACAAGAUGCGAGAUGAGUAGGCGUAGCAGACUUGCAAGAGGAAAAGAUAAAGACGAAACAGAAGCAGUGAAAGAAAACGAAACAAAAGAAUUGCCAAUAUAUAGCAAAACUGGAAAACCGCUUAAUAUUAAUCAAGCAAAACUGAGUUUUACGUUUGAUGAUAGCGACGAAUCGAAAUACGUCUUAGACAUUGCAAUUUACAAACACUUGGAUACGAGUUAUAUCGACGUAGAUCUUCAACCGUUAUAUGCCAGGGUAACAAUUAAAGGAAAAAUAUUCCAAUACGCACUACCGGAAGAAAUACUAACCGAUUCAAGUACUUGUCAAAGGUCACAAAUUACAGGACAUUUGGUUCUGAUAAUGCCGAAACUUAAUUAUAAACCAAAACCAAAAAAGUAUAACACGGAUACAACAGAAAAUGAUAAUAACAGGUAUCGAAAACAAAAUGGCCGUCAUUACAUGUUUUAUAAUCAUAUUUUUAGAUGUUACUUAGAGGUUACUCCACAACCGGAUAUGGAUUUCAGUAAAAUCGUUGAGAAUUACUCGAAGCGGCAAGAAAAUAUAGAUCCAGAUAUGCCACCGCUAGAAUUCGUCUAAACGCCUACUAUAAAUCAUAUUGAAACCAGUUUGUAGUAGUUUAUUUGAAAAAGCUCUUUCAAUUGCAUUUCAUACAUUGAUAUUGCGAUUAUUGAAGUGAAUCCAAUAACACAUUUUCAUUUAUAUAUAAAUAAAACCAAAUGAGUAUCCUAA